GAGGAGGCGGGGAUGCUAAGUCGGGUUGGGUUAGGGCUGCGCCUGUCAGGGCGGGCGGCGGGAUGGCGGCGCUUUACGCUUGUACCAAGUGCCACCAGCGGUUCCCCUUCGAGGCGCUCAGCCAGGGACAGCAGCUCUGAGUGUCGGAUUGCACACCCGGUUGUUAAAUGUACUUACUGUAGAACUGAAUUCCAGCAAGAGAGUAAAACCAAUACAAUAUGCAAGAAGUGUGCUCAGAAUGUGAAACUUUAUGGGACGCCAAAGCCGUGCCAGUACUGCAACAUAAUUGCAGCAUUUAUUGGCAAUAAGUGUCAGCGGUGUACGAACUCUGAGAAGAAAUACGGGCCGCCCCAUUCAUGUGAGCAGUGUAAGCAACAGUGCGCCUUUGACAGGAAGGAUGAUAGGAAAAAAGUGGAUGGAAAGUUACUCUGCUGGCUUUGCACACUUUCCUAUAAGCGAGUGCUACAGAAGACCAAAGAACAGCGUAAGCAUUUAAACACCUCCUCUCGGACAAGCCUGCCAGAAAAGGAGCAAUAUGGCCAACUUAACUGCAGCAGCCACUACAACAGCCAGAAAACCUUAUCUACAUCUUCUAUUCAGAAUGAACUCCCAAAGAAAAAAACCAAGUCUGAUGCCAUAUCAGCCAAUGGGGACAGCUUUUCUCCAGACCUUGCCUUGGAUUCCCCUGGCACCGAUCAUUUUGUCGUCAUAGCCCAGCUGAAGGAGGAAGUAGCUACUCUGAAGAAAAUGCUGCACCAGAAGGAUCAGAUGAUCCUGGAGAAAGAAAAAAAGAUAACAGAACUGAAGGCUGACUUGCAAUACCAGGAAUCCCAGAUGAGGGUGAAAAUGAACCAGAUGGAAAAAACUCACAAAGAAGUUGCAGAACAGUUGCAGGCCAAGAACAGAGAGCUCCUGAAACAAGCUGCAGCUUUAUCCAAGGGCAAAAAGCCUGAGAAAUCAGGAGCAAUAACUUCCCCUUAAAUUCAGGAGGUCUCUUGCCCCAAGACGUUUGGGGCUGCAACCCCACCGUUCCAGAACAACACUCGGAUUGCUACUGCUACCAACAUGAAAGAAUCCUUUGAGAGUGGCUAUUCAAUAGAGUGCACCAGCUCUGGUUUAUAAAAUCUCUUCCUCUGGUCAUAGUGCAGUGAUGAGAAUUAUUGGGGGGAUCAAUUCCCACCCCCAAGCCUAUCCUCCAAGCUCAUGAACAGACACUUUCAGCUCAGGCGUUUCUCUCCGUCCAUUUUACCAUCACCGCCUUGGGACUGACAAGGCAAGAGAAUCUGCGUGCAGAUCGGAUCCUCUACAGGUUUCUGCUUUCACACUUCACAGGCGGCCUCAAGUGGCAAAAGCCAGUUUUAAAAAUCUUUUAAAAACAUUUUAAAGUUAAAAUUCUGCUUAUCUGGGGAUGCGCGUGCCACUCUGUUCUUAAGGACGGCUUGAGACCUUUUCUCUUAGGUUUGCAAAAUUGAGGAUGGAAUUUCAAUCAGCAGUUGUCUCUCUAGCUUCUAAAAAUUCAAGAGUUUUGUGGCACAACAGUUGAAUAUCCUCAUGUGGAGACCAGAGGUUAUGAAUUAAUGUUUUACUCACUUUUUUAUGCUUAUUUAGGUAACGCUGCUUUUUAGGCUGGUUCAACAGCUUCUUUUUGUCAUUUAUUCUGUUUGGAGUGAUGCCAGAGAUCAGGUCCAUGAGGUGAAUUUAGUGAGUAACACACGUACAACUAUGCAGUUCUUGUGAAGAACACAAAAUAAGAACCAUUUUGACUACCUUUGGCAGCAGGAUAAAAGGAAUUGGGGGAAUGUUGAAACCGGAGGACAGAGAUUUUCUGAAAUGUUGGUAUAAGAGGAAAAGAUACCCUCAAGUCAAGUUUAUGUGGCUUGCAAGAAAAUGAGACUGCUUUGAGCACUGAUAGAGAACCCCAAUGCCUGUAAGCAUAGAGAUGAAAAGAAUUCAGUGACCUUUUGAGCUCUGGUUGCAUUUCCUGGGAAAUGGUAAGUGUUCAGAUGCAAUGAGAAUCUAGUUUGUUUUCAGUUUGCUCCAGGCUGAUGAAAUGGGGGUGGUGAUGGGGUGUGUGUGUGUGUGUGUGUGUGUGAAGAAAAUCAUUGCAAAGAAAUGCCUCACUCAGCAAUUUGAGAUGAGAAAAUCACCUUUUUAUAAAGAAGAACCCUGUGCUGCCGUUGAGUUUCUAAUGCCGGCCUUUAAAAAGGAAGACCUCCAAACCUCGAAUGUGGAAGCAUGCAGCAGUUGAUAGUCUACUGCAGGUUAUUUAUUUUUUUAAUCUUGUUUGCUCUUUUUAAGACUUGGUAUGUUAAGAAUCCGUUGCUUAGGAAGGAGUAUAUUAAAUAGAAGCUAAUUUUUAUAUUUUAAUAUAUUUUUAGGAAGAACUGAUUCAUAGAGAUUUAAGUAGCUUGUUUUUUAGCGAUCUUCCCUCCCCCCCCCCCCAAAUUAAGAGGAGAAUGGUUUUUCUGGUAUAUUGAGUCUUUUUUUCCCCUUAAUUGUGACAAUUCAAUCACGCAUUAAAGUGGGUGCUUUACAGUGAUGUUGUUCUUUCUGUGUUUAUGACAUGGAAUGCAUUAAGUUGAUUUGUACAAAAGACAUGUUAAAAUGUGUAUUUGGGGGAGGGGGAAUUUUUCAGCAGCUUUUUGUUUUGAUACUUCGUGUAUGCCUUUCUGGGUUGGUUCAGCAAAGAUAAGCCAUUUUCUUUCUCUCUGAACUUGGGCCUGGUUUAAGCGUUGGCCAUCUGCAAGAAGCACAAAGAGCUUCUGCUGCUGUGGUGGAAUUUGUAGUGGAUUAAACAUUAUUUUCUGUCAUUAGGGUUUAUUGUUCGGAAUGUCCUCUUAAAUCUUCUGUCCCUAUUAUUUGUAACUGUUGUUAUUGCUUUAAAAUGACAAGUGCUUCUUGGGAUUUUAAUACAUUUAAUUGUUUUCCACCUGCACUACAAUUGAAAAGUCUCUCAGUUUAGCUUAUGAAGAUGACGCUUCCUGCUCAGCGUUCUCCCCCACACCCCCAGAGUGAUAUUUCAUGAAUUAAAUGGAUAGCCCUGCCUAUGAUAGAAGGGCAUAAACGACAAUUCCCUAGAGGGAUCAGGGAUCCAUACUCCCAUUGCCUUACUCCUUUAGGAGGUCCACAACAGAUGAGUAGCUGUCGGUAGCUGUCUCCACCCUUUGCCAACUCACUGAUGAAGAAAAACCUGUGAUGGCAGAUUUGGGGUUGGGGGGUUACAAGGAAAUUAUAUAUCCCCAGAGUGAUUACAGGUUAGUAGUAACAGCUACUUGUUCUUAAUCACAGCAAAUGAUUGCUCAUAGUUUACUUUGGUUGAGCUUAGAAAACCUAGGCAGAGUUGGAUCUAUUUAGUAGUUUGAUGGGAGACCACCACCAAGUCCCAGGGGGUAGACUAGAAGUUGAGAAGUUGAAAUAUAUCCCUGAAGCAGGCCAUAGGGAACCCACUUCUGUAUUGUUGCCAAGAAAACUACAUUGUAGUGCUCAGGUAAUUACCAGGUGUCUUGACAUGGGGGCAUGCUUACCUGUUUACACCUGUUCCUUGUCAUAUCACACAUAAUGACAUACAGGGAAGGGCACUUAAGAUUUGUGAGAUUUGCUUUGGUGGGUUGGGUUGGUUUGGGUUUUUUUGUUUUUGUUUUUGCUUUAAAAAAAAAGAUGAUGUCUUAGAAUUAAGGAGUUCUAUUCUCACUAACAAAGACAAAAAUUUAAAAGCAGAAUUAAAUAAAAAAAUAAAGACAAACAUGGGAUCUUAGAGUAUAAUUUUAAGGAGAAAUGCCAACGCUUUAUUUCCAAUGAUUCUAUUCAGAAUAUUUGUACAGAUGGAGGCAAUAGUUAAUAUAGCUAGCAAAUGAUGACUUUUAAAUAAAUGUAUCCUUCACUGUAGGGUUUUUUAAGCUUGUUGUUUGGUUACUUUUUUAGCAAGAACAAUUUAUGGUAUUUAAAUACCUCUGAAAGAUGUAUUUUAGCUUUCCAGUAUUUUGUGAAAACAAACAAGAGAACUAACAGAAAUUGAAUCAUUUCUUAUGUUAUAUUUAUAUGCUUUAGGAAAUAUAGAUAAUAAACCAACACCGGAAUUCAUUGUGAAA